GGGAAAUUCCAAGUUUGUUUAUUCUUCUGGAUUGAAUUCAUUUUGUGCUGCAGCUCUACACCGGCUUAGUUUGUUGAAUUUUUUUCUUGUUUUCUCAACGGUGUGAUUCUACGUUGAAUUUAAAAGAAGUUAUUGUCCUGUGACUUCACCGAGAGCAAGAUUUCUUUUCAGAUGGAGCGAAUUUCGAAACUUACGGUGUUGGCUGUCGUGCUGGCGUUGAGUUCGUGUUGUCACGCUGAAAGUACGGUGUCCUACAGACCUGUGCGCGUUUACGCUGACGUAGAGGUAGCUCUUCCUUGCUGGGAAUUGGUUAAUGCCGGCCAUCUGAUACUUUGGAUCACGCCCGCAGAAGUUGUUAUUGGCCCUGAUCACGAUGCUUCCGAGAAAUACGCCAUCGAUUUUGAAGGGUCGCUAAUUGUCAAUGAUACGGAAAAAAGCGAUACUGGAGUCUACAAAUGCAUUUCUAAAUCACCGGAUGGGGCUUACACCACGACGAAAACAGAACUGGAAGUGAUUGACGCUUCGUAUCUUCCCGAAGUGGACGAAUGGCAGAAAAACUUAGCUAGAGGAUUGAUAGCUGCCGCAGCAACCGCCGCUUUCUUUAUUGCAGCUUGCGGAUUUUCUUAUUUCAGUUGGGACGAACGCCAUGCGGAAGGCAAAUCUAACCGUUCUCCGAUAAGUAGCGCAUCUCAUCCGUUAUCUGCGACGUCGUCAGACACUCCGAACGUACACGAAUUGAAAGGUUUGGAUAAUCCAGCUCUAGCGAUCGAUACGAACGAGGUCGAUUCUGGGCUGUGAGUCUUUUUUUUUUAUUCUUACCAAGUUCUUCGUUGGUUUUCCUACCACCAACAGCCCUUCGUAGUUUAUAGACUCUUCUGCUCAGUCGAUUUCCAUUUACCUUUUUCUUAAGUGCCAAUAUUUGCCUAUUAAAGGGUUUACGGUGUAGUAAUCCAUAAAUAGGGCGACGUGCAGUGUGAUCAAUGAUAGUUUCUGAUUAAGGAUAAUUCAAUUGAUUGAGCUUUUGUUUUAAAUAGAUAGUGGUAUGUGGAAAACACGUCUUUUGAACGAAA